AUGACGUUAAGGCUCGCUGGGGUGUUCUGUCUGCUAAUGGCCAGUUGCUUGGCGGCUGUGCCCAGAAGAAACGAGGCUCGCAUCGUUGGUGGCAGUGAUACGGCGAUCGAGAACCAUCCCUACCAGGUGUCGCUCCGACGGCUUCACAAGCACAGUUGCGGUGGUGCCAUCCUGAACACCAACACCAUCCUAACGGCGGCACACUGUGUCUUCUACUCGGAACUUGUACCGUCGGACUUUGAGGUGCGCGCUGGAUCAACGCUCCGGAAUGAAGGGGGUCAGCUGGUUACCGUGUCCGAGGUUCACAUUCACCCGGACUACAACGACUGGACGCUGGAUUUUGAUAUUUCUGUCUUGAAGCUGGUUAGUCCGUUGCAGCUGAGUCCCACCGUUCAACCGAUCAACCUACCGGGACGUAGCUUUACCAUCCCUGAUGGCACUAGUGUGUCCAUAGCUGGAUGGGGUGCUCUUUACUAUCAAGGACCGUCCACUAAUCAUCUGCAACAUGUAAUGCUACCGAUCGUAGGCAACGCUCGAUGCGGUAUGGCCUAUCAGAACUUUGCCCCGAUCCUACCAUUCCACAUUUGCGCCGGCCACAAGGGUACGGAUGCGUGCCAGGGUGAUUCUGGCGGUCCUCUAGUUUACCAGAACCAGAUCAUCGGUAUCGUAUCGUGGGGUUAUGGUUGUGCGUUUGAGAACUACCCAUCGGUUUACACUCGAGUGUCCGAGUUUCUGGACUACAUCACGGAACGUCUUUAA